ACAAACACCUCCAGGGUCGUCCCCGUCCUCUUGACCAUCGGCAGUGCCACCAUCGUCGGCUCUUACGUCCGCUCUCAGCUCAAGAACCAAUCUCGCACCUUUGAUCGCCAGUUUAGCCAGUACAACACAAAGGAGAGCGAGGCUGUGAGGGCAAAGACCUUUGACGGAAAGGUUCCCGAUCCCCGAACCAGCUUCUUUAACGUUCUCGGCUGGUAA